AUGUCUCAAUACAAUUACUAUCAACUCAAUGGUCAAUCUUUGAAAAUGAUCAAACAAUUAGAUUUUGAAAAUCAAGAAAGUAAUGUUUACAAGAUCAAAGUGAAUAAAACACUCCGUUUUAACAAAAGAGCACAAGGAUCGGCUGUCAAAGUGUUGAAUACUGUCAAAAAAAAUAACUGCCAAACACAUUCUGGUUCAGAAUACAUAUCAAACAAAGAUGAUUUUAACUUAUUAUGCCCCAAUGGACAUAAAAUUUCAAAAUCUACACAUGAAUUAUCAAGAAACAAAGAAGCAGUUUCAGUUGAUUGUAAACAAUGUAAAUAUAACUCGCAUGAGGACGACUUUGAAGGAUAUGGAUUCGAGACCCUUGAAAAGGAUGGAGGUAUAUACAACAUUAAAUGUCCACAUUGCAAAUCAACAUGGAGGGUAACAGGAACUUAUGCCUUUAGCUCAACGAACCAAAAUUUACGUACUCAUGUGGCCACAUGUAAAACCAAUUUUGGUCGUAAACCAAUCAAGUCCUCAAAACAAAAUUUACAGUCUCCAAAAGAAAAGAAAAUGUAUCGUCAAAAACUUUUGGAGAAAAGGGGAUAUACCCUGUUGGAUGAAAAAGACAUCACUGCUGCUCUUCUCAGCAAAAUCAAAAUGAUGUGCGAAGAUGGCCACAUCCAAGAUAAAUCAUUUAAAGAUAUCCAAAGGGCUACAACCUCAUGUAAAAAGUGCCGUCUAGAAACCAACAAGAUUGACUGGGUUCAACGGGUAGCUGACAAAGGGUGUACUCUCGACCCAAAGUCAGUUAAAGGUAAAAGAAACAUAUGCAAUAAAACAUCUAGUGUUGUUUCCUGGGUUGAGUCGAAUAAAGGUAGGAUGGUCGACCCUAAAUUCGAAUACCAAUCCAUCUAUCAAUUGGUCGACUAUUUUUGUAGUUUCAAUCACUUAAACACACAUUCAAUCCAACAUCUCACAAGAUAUGAGUACCUUCCAUGUACUCAUUGUAAAAGAACCAGUUCUUAUGGAGAGAUGGGAGUGGAAAAAUACUUGAAACACCAUAAAAUACAAUUCACCACACAACAUAAUCCAGUCACACUCAAUAGACUUAGAUAUGAUUUCAAGUUGGUUAACCAUCAAGUUAUUAUUGAAUUUGAUGGUCAACAACACUUUGACGCAAAGAGUUUCUUUUUUUUCAACAAAUCAUCAGAUGGAUUCGAGAGACAACGACAAAGAGACCUUGUCAAAAAUCAAUUUUGUAAGAACAACGGAAUUCUUCUCAUCCGUAUUCAUCAUAGUUGGAUCACCAAUUUAUAUCGCUUGGACAACGAACUAUUGGAUUGCAUCAAGGAUAUAUCUGGAACACAGAUAAUCACUAUUCCUAGAAACCAUACCGAUUACAAUUGGGUUCACCAGCCACCAAAGAAAGAGUUUAUGAAAUGGUAUAUGAAGGACUUCAAGGAUCUGGAAGAUGGAGAUGAUCAAGUUGGUCAAUUAAUAGAUUAUGAUGAAGAUGUUUAUGAAGAUGAAGAUGAAGAAGAAGAUACCGAUGAAGAUUUAGAAGAAUUCGAAGAUGGGGAAGAAGAUGAACAUGAAGAAGAUGAUGAACAAUUGGAAGAUUAUGAUGAACAAUUGAAAGAUUAUGAUCAAGAUGGAGAAUUAGAGGAAAAUGAAGAUUAUGAUGGUUAUGAAUAUCAUUAUCAUGAUGAACAAUUAGAAGAUGAUCAAUAUGGAGAAGUGGAAGAAGAAUAUGAAGAUUAUGAUGAAGAAUAUGAUGAAACUACUAUGCCUUUCACUGAUGUCGCUACUCCACCUAUCACUGAUGCCGCUAUUCCAUCCGUCUCUCGACCACGCCUUACAUUCAAUCCCGAAGAUUUCGAAAGUAGUGAUGAUGACUAUGAAGACAAAAACAAAGUCCCUCAAUCAUUUUUAGAUAGAAUAGCAGAUGGAACUUGGAAAUUAAAAUACAAGAAACUUGGUUUUUCAUCCAAUGAUGAUGGUUCAGUCAAUGACGCCGCUACUCCACCCGUCACUGAUGCCGCUACUCCACCCGUCACUAAUGUCGCUACUACACCUGUCACUGAUGCCGCUAUUCCACCCGUCUCUCGACCACGCCGUAAUAUUACAUUCAAUCUUGAAGAUUGUUGA